AUGGGUCUCAUCAACUUGCUGCUCAAGUCAGUCAUAUUGCUGCUCGAUCUACGCGAUACGUACGACGCGCUCGGCUCGGUGAAGCUUGCAGAGAUCGGCAACGAGCACAAGAUGGUCAUUGUGCGCAAUGUGCAGGAUGGAUCGAGGCAGGCAGCCACCCGGCGGCGGGUCGGCACUUCGAAACGCAAGGCAGCCGUUCGGUCGGCACUCACCACGAUCCUCGUGUGGAAUCUCUUCCACAAGCUUGAGCCGGUCUGUGAUCGGACCGUCUCCUGGUUCGUUCCAUUCUAUGACUCCUUCAAAACGCUUUUCCUCGUGUGGAUGCUCUUCACGCGGAGUUACGGAGCGUCGAUCCUGGUUUACCGGUUCCUUGCGCCCCUAGUCCGCCCAUACGAGCACAUCAUCGAUGCCAGCAUUGGUAUCACACUGGCUCUCUUCAGCUGGAUCGCAUCGCUCCUGGCCCCGGUCACCGAAAGCUGCACUACGCUCCUCCACGGCAUCAUCUCUGCAGCCCCACAAUCCGCACAGAGGAGACUGAGCAUGACUCCUCUCGAGCCACCGCUCGAGGCCAAAGCCGACUCAGCCCGAAGCACCUCAAAAUCGCCCAAAGCAAAGAGCAAGAGGAGGCCGCCUUCACCGCCGCCUCCAUCUCAGACAGUCUUGACCCACUCGAAGCCUGCUGCGCCCGGCCAGAUCGCGGCAUCAAAGACGGCCCGACAGACACAGCCCGGGCCAGUCGUGGCGAAACGGCUGCCUACAAAGAAGACAUCGAGCGCCGAUUUGGCUGCAAAGCGCCGCAUCCUGCAGGAGCUUCCCGUGCCAAGCCACGCAUUCGAACCGCAGACUCCAGACACCACUCCGGCAUCGCAGACCUUGUCAACCGGUGCACCUGUCACAGGCUCUCCGAGCACGAUGGUCACGGCGGUCAAAGAAGAGCCGAUAGACACCUCUAUGGGGCUGAACACAGCUAGUAGCAAUGGAUCUGGUCUUGCUGCAAUGCCACUUUCGACAGUCCCUGCAGACGCCAAGCCAGAGCCGCCUCCGACGCCGCCCACCGGCCUCCAGAACUACGCAUUCAUACCAGGGGUGACGCCGCAACGCAGUGGUCCUUCCGCGGUGAUUUCGCCGACGCCGCGCUUCCCAGGCGGCUUUGCGUUCUCCUUUGCCGCUUCUCAGGCUUCCACGUCGACGAGCUCAAAUCCCUUUCAAUUGCAACCGAGGCUGCCCGCCACCGCCCAGAUGGCACCCCUGUCACUCUCUUCCUCGCAAGGGGCCCCGCCCGUGCUACCGCUUGGGGCCAACAAUGUUGCGCUAACGCACGAGACGGUCGCUUCGGCGCACGACGAUCGGAUCGUGCCUCCGCCAGGCAGCGCCAAAGUGAUCCGAAAGACGCCUUCCUCGGGGUCACUCAAGAGCAACGCGAGGGCGAUCCCUGCACCAACCGUGCCCAAAUCGACGAUAGUCGCCAACGGAAAGAAGCGCAGCAGAGCCAAAGCAACAGAAGACGCAGAUACCGACGGACCGACGAAAUCCGAUGCUACGAAACCCUCGCCGAGGAAGCGGUCCAAGCCUGCACCAGGUGCUUCUGCCUUGCGCAAAGCCUCAGCUACAGGCGACCCAGCGACCGCCAAAUCCAAACGCGCGCCGACAAGCACAAGCGUCCCCAGCAAGGGAAAGGCGGCGGUUCAGACUUCCUCAGCAAAAGAGGUUGCUGCGAAGAAAGUGGCCGCUCACAAGGGCAACGGCAAGUCUUCUGGGGCCAAGGCGGAUCAGGAUCCCGUCACCACAGAAGGGAAGCCGGGCAGCAAUUCGAGUGGCUCGCCGCGGAAGAAGCCGAUCAACGUUGCGACCACAACAGGCAUCACGUCGACCAAGCCGAGCCGUGUCGUCAAGAAAGUUUCCGCUGUGGGCAAGCCCGCGGCCGACAAGCCCGCCGAGUCCACCCCACCAGCGGAAGAGCCGCCUCCCACGCGACUCACCCGCAGCCGUACAAGGCAACACCUCGCAGAUUGA